CGCACCUACGACGCCAUUUUUCACAAAGCCACACACACACUCACAUACUCUGUAGAAUAAUAUUUCAUCAUCUUUCAACGAUGGCUUCCAGUGCUCUAUCCAGCGCGAUCGUAAGCACCUCUUUCCUCCGCCGUCGGAAUACACCAAUCAGCCUCAGAUCUCUCCCGGCGGCCAACACUCAAUCCCUCUUCGGCCUUAAGUCCUCCACCGCACGUGGCGGUCGUGUCACCGCCUACAAGGUCACGUUCAUCACACCGGAGGGAGAAAAAGUAGUGGAUUGCCCAAGUGACACCUACCUCCUCGACGCUGCAGAGGAAGCCGGAAUGGACUUGCCCUACUCAUGCCGUGCCGGUGCCUGCUCGAGUUGCGCCGGCAAAGUGGUAUCUGGCUCCAUUGACCAGUCGGAACAGAGCUUCUUAGAUGAUGACCAGAUGAGCGACGGUUAUGUCUUGACUUGUCUGGCUUGGCCGACUUCUGAUGUCGUCGUCGAAACCCACAAAGAAGAAGACAUUGCUUAAUUUUUUGAUCGAGUGGGAAAAAAGCUUCAUGUAUAAGUCAUCUCUCUUGCUACUUCGCUAAUGUUACCCUAAUUUGGCUCAUCCUAUUAAGAUCACUUAAUAAAAUAACAAAUUCCAAUA